AUGAUGUUGCGUGUUUACUUGCGCAGCGCGCUGCCCGGAAACAUGACAAUAGCCCUUUCAAUUAGUUUCCGGUCAGACGGAAGUUCAGCCGGGAGAGAGGAAGGACUGACGUUUCGAUCAGGAUAUUGGUGCACCAGAGAUCAAUGAGGAGUCUCCGUGAAGUCGACUUUAUGCUUUUUUUAAAGUUUCUUGAAUAGUUUUCUAUGGAGAAGUCUUCUUUUAGAAGCCGAGUUCGCGUUUGCAGUCAUCGAUUUUUACCUGGGCACCUAUUUUCGGUUCCUUUUUAUCUUUUAUCCACUCGACAACUUCAUUCAACGACUAUUCAGCCUUCCGGCCCAGUUAUGCUACCUUCCAUUUUCUUUUCAAACAUAAUCUCCGUGAGCUCUCAGGAAUAAUAGUACCUCGUCACGCACUAUUGCCUCAACCCGGUGAAUGAUAAACUUUUAUAUAGUCGCGCCAGGCCAUAUCAUCAGUAUUAGCUGUCAACAAAUAUUCAUAUAAUCAACCAUCCAUUAUAAUGUACUAUCUAUUUCUACACGUAGAGGACUCCUAUCCCAUGACCUAUCUCAUGAUAAUAUUAUGUAGAUAGAUAUAUGAAACACAUAUUGCUCAGACAUAUUUAGUUAUCCAGACGUCCUAGGCAUUCUCACCAAUGACAGCUCCACGAGGUUCUGGAGUCGCAAUACGUAGUGCAAGCAUCUCUAAGGUCGUCCUAUAUAUUUAGGAUCGGGGAUCAAUAAGCUCGCAGAACAGGGUAGAAAGCUGUGCCAGCGAAACAGGGCGCAGUCUCAGUAUAAGGAUGGCCACCCUAUGGAGAGGGUAACGCGUGUCGAGGUUAUACGAAGGUGGGGCGAGUAUUCGUCAGGGUAUUUCGCGCAAGCUCACGGUCCCGGCGGGCGCGAGCUUUCGGCGCUUUCCAGCCGAAUGUGCCCGAGGAUCACCGACGCUACACGAACCUCGUCUGCGCGUUCGCGACUACGACGGACCUACGAGGGCUACGACAUGUCCUAGGCUGUGCGAGAAUCUAAUUUCUAAACGAGAGUUUACACAGGGACGAUGUUUCUGUAGGCUGCGUGUUAUUCUGCCUCCUCUGCCCGGUCCAGGGCGUGGUGCAACGUGCGCGAAUUAUGCUCGACUUCUGGCGCGCCUAAAACGACUCUGGAGAAAGCUCGAAAGUGACCAGGAACACCUAGGCCCCAUGGCCUGAUCGACCGAGUUUCAUGAGGCUCCACUGCCCUGACUCGUCCAGGUUUUCUACGACAGUUUUCAUUUGCAUUUACCAUUGUACGGAUUAAGUACUGUCCAUCGUCUUACCAUUGUCGUUUGCUACGUGCUUCUCAUGUAGUGGGCGUGCGGGGGUGACUGGAGUGAUGGGAUGGGGCCAGAGCCCCAUGGAGUUCGGGUAGACCCGUCUCCAGCCCAGCUCCCCAGCCCCCUCCACCAUCGUAAUCGCCACAGCCCCUGCCAAAGACGCAGAGGGCCGCCUCGAACGCGAUGGAGGCCACCACCACCCACCAACACAAGGAGAAGGAGCCACGCGUUCACAGGCCGUGUGCCUUCGACAAGAUGGAGGGGCUGGUGCGGGAGAUGCAAGACCCUGAAAAUGGGGUGCCCGUGCGCAGCCAGAAGCAAUUUCUUACCUCAAUCCCGUCAGCGUUCAUGGGUGAGUGCCAUCGGUACCUGCGUUGUCCUCUAAACCUAAACGACCAGAAGAAUUCAGUAGGAUGGCUGCGUGUUGCAGGUUACGACCUUGUCGAGUGGCUGAUCGACCGACUUGCCAUCGAGGAAUCAGUAGAGGCGGUCCAUAUCGCCAAUCAACUUUGCCAGUAUGGCUAUUUCUUCCCAGUGAACGACUCCAAGACUCUCACCGUCAAGGAUGAUAGCUCUCUCUACAGAUUUCAGACACCAUACUAUUGGCCGUGGCAGCAUAGAACACCGGAUAACGUAGAGUACGCAAUAUACUUAGCAAAGCGUACCUUGAGAAACAAGCAACGACAUGCCCUGGAGGAUUACGAAGUGGAGGCUCUUAAUAGUCUUCGAAAGAACUUACAGAACAAGUGGGACAUCAUUCAGUUGCAGGCUGAGGAGCAGAUUCGAUUAUCCAAGGAGCGUAAGAAGGGUGAUAAGAUUGUCAGCGACUCUCAGGAAAGAGCUUUCUGGAGAGUAUAUAGACCACCACCAGGAUGCCUAAGCAGUUUGGAAGUCGUGCCAGUACCGACAAGAGCACGGCCAGGCCUACCAAGACCUCCACCGAGGAAACGAACUCUGGCUGACUUACAACGGGAAGUGGAGCUUCUGAAGAAUAGUCUAACGCGCACCAGGAUCAAAGUCUCAACUGCUAUUGAGAAUCUAAAGUCGUAUUUCGAGACUUAUAUGGAGUACGAUCCGAUGAUCGUGCAACCUCAGCCUUCUAAUCCUUGGAUCACAGAUGAUCAGACGUUCUGGCAGCUCAACAGCCCUUUGGUGGAAGUUCCUACCGAGAAGCGCGUGAAAAGAUGGGCCCUCUCCAUGGAAGAGUUGAUGUCUGACCCGACUGGUUUACAAGAGUUCACGAAUUACUUGAGGAAGGAGUACAGUCAUGAGAAUAUACGGUUCUGGAUGGCGGUGAAAGACCUGAGACGUAGCUUCCAGGCACAAAUACCGGUGAAAGUCAACGAGAUUUUUGAAGAGUUCCUGGCGGCCGGAGCGCCAUGUGAGAUCAAUAUCGACGGGAAGACUAUGGAGAAGGUUCACCAGGAAAUGCGAAAUCCAACCAGAUUCACAUUUGACUCAGCUGCUGAACAUGUCUAUACGCUCCUGCUCAAGAAGGAUUGUUAUCCUCGAUUUAUACGUUCGGAGCACUAUAGAAACUUAUUGGCAGCCGGAGUGCAGCCGCUUCAAAAAAAGAGAUUCUUCGGCUUUGGCGGUCAAGCUAAGAAAAAGAUCUCGACGACCACAGCUCCAAUACCAGGAAGUCUCCAGCAGCAGCACGCUGGCAUCGGUGGUGGCGGAGGUGGUAGACGUCGAGGAAGUGAUCGAAGUCUCUCUGGAUCUGCGCAUGAACUAGCUAUCUGUGGAGUUCGGGAUGUAGCGGCAACACCUAGAGUGCCGCAUUCGCACAGCCAAUCGAAUCUCACCGAUAUUCCUUACAGGGGAGAUCUGGCUCGCCUCGUUAAGAUUUCUUCGAGGCCUAGUCCACGUAGAACUCAGGAUGCUGGCGUCCCGGAACCGGCGACUCGCCCUAUGGACGACGUGUGUCCAUGGGAUGCAGCGCCAGGGCCAAGCAGCGAACUCGCAUCCUCUGAGUCGUUCGAGCCCCCAGGUCAACCAUGCAACCCUGCAAGAAUAUCUAGAAAGAAUUCGUCCCAGCUAGACUCUUGCAGUUCCUCGUCGGACCUCAGUGCGGCCAUAAUGGAGGCAUCGGAUUGUCUAAGAAAAUCCUGUGCACUGCAGAACACAAUGUCCAGGAACUAUUCCGCAAAUUCCAGUGCGAAGAUCAGACUUGGGGAUACGAGCAGACCGCCUUCUUGCAAGUACUCCUCACCACAGCAGUCCUUUGAUCUGUCUUUGAGUGUCGCUGAGAAACCGGAACCCGUGGAAACAGUUUUGGAGGAGAGUUCCGUUUCAAAAGUUCGUGAAGCGACACCGGAAGAGACUCUACCAAAGGAGAUUACUCCACAGGAGUCUGUCCCUAAGGAGAUUGCUCCAAAAGAACUCAGACUAGCCAUGGCACCACUAAUAAGUAUCAGUGCCAUUGUCGGCGACCUGGCUGAAGAUCAACCAGACACUGAGGACAUUCAGGUCAUACUAGAAGAAGAGCCAGAAUCAGAGAACGUAGAUGUACCGAAGGGAGAUGAGAAAGAACCAGAGGAACUGGAGGAACAGAAUGUAAUCGAGGAGAAAGAUGACAAGAUUAAAGAAAAAGAAUCUAAGGAGGAGCAAGUGAAUACCGGAAACGAGGACUCUGCAGAGGAGGCUCAGGUCGUUCCUGUUUGGGAACCAGAUAAUCAGGAGGAAUCGGAUGCAGCUACUGCGACACCUCAGGAGCAGCGAGACAAUAAUGUUAACGAAGUGUGCCCAUGGGAAGACGAGGAAAAUUGUAGAGUGGACGCACCCUAUGUAAAAACCUACGCGACCUUAGGCUAUUUGUAAUGCGGCCCACCGUAUCCGAACGUUUUGCACUUGAUGAAACAAAAACCUCACUAUUACAGUUUCCACUAUUCUCACACACUCUGCAGGCCAGCCGAGUGUCCAUAACUUGGUGCUGAAACUUAUGGUGCUCGUAGCUAAUCGCGGUCCUGACCUUUCACCCAGAGACACGCGCGAAAAUGUACGAGCGCGCUUAUACUCUAUAGAACAAUGAUUAUUAAAGUCAAGAUAAAGGGACAAUUAUUCUUAAUCUAAUGAAGAAAAGAAAUCUAUGCUUAAUGUGCUGCUCGCGGUACGUCUUAUCGGAGAGUUUUAAGACGACACGUCACUCUUCCUUUUCAUUCGUUGUUUCGCUCUCCGGAAAUAUUUCUACGUACGGCCUACAGGUUUCUAUUCUGUCGCGUACCGCGGGCACUUGCACGCUGUAUUACUAAGAAAAAAGAUAUAGAAUUGAAAUGUUACUUAGAAGGAAGAUGAAACUUUAAUUAACGAUCGAAAGGACAUUUCUUGAAAGCCACGCUCUUUGGGUGACUGUCAACUAUGAGCCCUGUGACCUCAUCCUAAGAUCGAUCGCUCGACCUUUCCUUCUCGAUCGUUCUCGGGUAAUCUCUGCGUAUCAAACAUUGAAUCUAAUUGUCCUUGAUUCAUUAAUCUCAGUUAUUAGACUACAUUCUGAUUAUCCUAAUGUACGUACGUGUUCCUUACUGUCUAUUAGAGAACAGUAAUUCAGAGGUGUAUACCAAGUUAAGAAAGUAUUUAUUGCACAGAUAAAUCAGCUAUUGCCGAGCUAUACAGGCCAAGGUUGAACUGUUAAAUGUUCUCGUGUACGUGUUAACCUGGUACGCAGGGAUUAUACGAAUCUGUCUACUCUACUCUACUAAUGUCUCGAUGUGAAAGUCUCGUAAUUCUGUGUAGGAGCGCACUAAAUAGUAAAAAAACUAUAUCUUCGAUAUUGGUGUUCUUAGUCGUGUGGCUGUUCUCGCCUAAAGUCUUUAAUAGCAAAUGUGUAGAUUUUAAACGGCGUAACGCCCAUAAGCCGUGUUAAAAGAUACUUAAAGUUAAACGUGAAGAAAAAAUAAAAAGCUUAAUAGUGAAAGGAAACAGUAGAAGAUUAAUGAUGGCUCGAGGAGCUAAGAAUGCCAAAUGGGCAAAAAGAGAACGAAGAAGAAACGUCUAAAGUAAAUGUUCAGAGAUGGUGAUAUGAUAAACGAUGAAGGAACCUAGUCUAAAGAGAUGUCACUUAGAUAUCGAAUGACAAAGUUGAAAAUUAAUUCUAAUCACAAUUUUCUAGUCUAAUUAAGGGUCUCCGGGAGCUGAGACUGCCCCAGGUCCUGGAGUCCUCAAAAUAAAGCACCUUUCAAAUUCAGAUCCUUCGAAGUGUCCUGUUCAAGAUGAAAUACUGAUGAUCUUUCAACAGGAUUACUUUGCUCUAGUUUGACUUAGCUGUAUGCUUCGUUAUUUAUAAAAUUUGAGGCAUCCUCUUGAUCCCGCGUUAUGGACACUCGCGUGGCGUUAAGUGUAAUUCACUAAGGUACUCAUAACGAACCGUACUCUUAAUCGGAGCUCAAUUUAAGUAAGCAACUCGACGUCGUAGGUCGAUCAAUGAUGAAGAAGUAACGUAUUGCGAAUUAUGUGCUUACAAGCCCCAGUGUGGCUAAGAUGGCAGUUGAAUUGCCAAAUUUUGUUAGGAUAUAUAUUUAAAGGAAAAAAAAAAAAUUAAACAAUGGGACUCAUAGAUUUAGUAUCGUAGCCCGAGGCGAUUUCUUAGGUUUUGGCAGAAUUCAAUCAAAAAAAAUGAAAAAUCCAAAAUGAAAGAGAGAUAUACGAA